AGCAUUCAUGGGUCAAGGACAGGUCAUUCUGGUGGAUUGGGAAUAGCCUGCUAGCUUCACCAGGUAGGCAGCUUGAGAACUUCAGAAUCCUGUGGCUUUAGUUUUUCCAGAGGGACCUAUUGUCCUUCAAAGUGGCUCAAGUCUUCUUUAUUGUGUGAGCUGCAAGAGACCGCAUGCCAACAUGUCCACUCCAUGUGAACUGGAAAGCCCGGCAGUGGUUUUUGACAAUGGUUCCGGGCUCUGCAGAGUGGGACUGUGUAGCGAUAUUGUUCCCAGUCAUGUCAUCAACUCUGUUGUGGGUCACCCUAAAUUGAAUAUACCCUCAUCAAGGACCAGUCAGAGGAAAUACUUCGUAGGAGUGGAAGCCCAGUAUAAGCGUGAAGCCUUGAAUUUGCACUACCCUGUUGAGCGUGGAAUAAUAGCAAGAUGGGAUGACAUGGAGAAACUCUGGAAAUACCUUUUCCAGCGGUUGCUGAGAGUUAAACCCAGUGACCAACCAGUACUGAUGACUGAACCCUCCUUGAACCCAAGAGAGGUGCGUGAGCAAACCACUGAAGUCAUGUUUGAGAAAUUUAGCGUGCCUGCCCUGCACCUGUGCAACCAUGCGGUGCCAGCACUCUCCGCCUGUGGCUCUGUCACGGGCGUGGUGGUGGACAGCGGGGAAGGGGUCACUUGCACCGUCCCCGUCUUUGAAGGUUCCUCUCUGCCUCACGCAGUCUACAAGCUCCCUGUGGCAGGGAGGGAUAUCACAGAGCAUCUCACGCUCCUCCUCCUGGCCGAAGGAUGUACUUAUUCUUGCUUGCUUAACAAGGCUGUGGGGGAAGCAAUCAAAGAGAAACUGUGCUAUGUCACCUUCGAGCUCAAGAAAACGCCACACAGGAGGCAGAAGAAGGUCUUGACCAAGUACAGACUGCCAGAUGGGAAUGUCAUCUACAUCAGAGAUCGUCUGCGCUGGGUGCCUGAGGUACUUUUUUCUCCUGACCUUUUGGACAUCCACGACCCGGGACUCUCAAAAAUGGUCUGCAACAGCAUACUGAAGUGUGAUAUGGACAUCCAAAGGAGCCUUUUUGGAAAUAUUGUGCUAGCUGGGGGCUCCACAUUGUUCCCUGGGCUGGUGGAAAGGCUCAUGAAGGAACUGGAACAUGUGGCUUCCGAAGGGACCCCCGUCAAGAUCACGGCUUCUCCUCACAGAUGUUUCUCUACGUGGAUUGGUGCCUCUGUCAUGGCCUCCCUAAGCAGUUUCCAGCAAAUGUGGGUCACCUCUGCAGAUUUCAAGGAGUUUGGGAGUUCUGUGGUACAGAGAAAGUGCUUUUAGAAGAUGCUGGACGGGGGGCCUGGAGGACAUCUCCAAAUGCCCUGUGACGGUAGCAGCAGUAGGAGGUGACCUCCUCCCUGGGACUUUGGUUGAGAGUUCAAUAAAGGAGC